AUGGCUAAAAUAACAUCAUUUGUAACCCGACUACACUCUUCCGUCGAACCUAGUAAGUUUAAUGUUGCCCCACUUUACCAUAAUUUUUCCUCACAGCAGCUAGCCGUGGCAGGUGAUCAGCAUGCUGAUACAUAUUCAGCUUUUGAUGAUGAAAUACCCACGGUUGAUUACUCUAUUCUUUUCUCUGAUGACCCUGAUCAGCAAUUCCUAGCCCUUGAAAAACUCAGCCACGCAUGCCACGAAUAUGGCUUCUUCUAUCUGGUGAACCAUACCAUCCCAGAUAAAGUGUUGGACAAUGUUUUGAAAGGAUUUUCUGAUUAUUUUGAUCCAACAACAAUAGAUGAAAGAAGGGUCUACCGCAAAAAUGCCCCAUCGGAUAAAAUCCGAUGGGACCUAAACUCUUAUACUGGGGAAAAUAGAGAAUAUCUGAAGGUUAUUGCACAUCCCCAAUAUCAUGCUCCUGCUAGCCCAUCACAUAGCAUCAGCAAAAUUUUAGAAGAAUAUCACAAAGCAAUGAGAAUGAUAGUAGUGGGACUAGCAAGGGCAGUGUCCAAAACCUUAGGAUUUGAAGAAAACUACAUCGAGAAGGCAUUCAACCUAAAGUCAGGAUUUGAUGUGAUGGCUAUGAACCUUUACCCACCCAAUUCUAGAUCCAAAGGGUCCAUUGGUAUCCCUGAACACACUGACCCUGGCUUUGUAGUUACACUCACGCAAGAUGUAAAUGGUGGUCUCCAGAUCCUAUCCCAUCAAGGAAAGUGGAUUAAUGUUUAUAUUCCCCAUCAUGCCAUACUCAUCCAGCUUGGCGAUCAUCUUGAGAUCUUAACCAAUGGAAAGUAUAAGAGUCAUAUCCAUCGAGUUAUUGUCGACAACAAUAAGGUUCAGAGGAUAUCUGUGGUCACCCUUCAUGGACCUGCGUUGGACAAAUUCAUCAGCCCAGGCACAGAGUUCAUUGAUGAAGAGCACCCACAAAAAUAUCGUGGACUCACCUAUAAGGAAUCCUUGGAGGCAAGUGGGGGCGAUGAGAUCGAUGUGCAGUCAUCACUUGAGCAACUAAGACUUGUGUAA